AUGCAUAAAAAUAAGCAGCUUAGUAAUCACUUAUCCGAUUGUUUACUUUACAGACAUCCAUAUAUUAUGGAUGCAUUUGCUCUGCGUUUGACGAGUAUCGUGCGGAAGUGUCUGUUAUUAACAAUACCAAUCUGCUGGUUGGUCCUGUCGGUCGAAUUCGGUGCAGUCCAGGCCGAACGAUGGUCGCGACAGGUCUCAAACAGCGAAUGGAUCCCAUUACCGGAUCCAAGGGCGACGCAAUCUCAGGUGGAACAGAACAAUCCUGAUGCGGGGCUACUGGCCAGCGGCACAGCACCCCUUCCGCAAGUUCCGCAAUUGUCUUUGCCACCGGCGCUUCAGCAACAAUAUCAGGACCAGCUUUUGCAGCUGCAAAAGACACAGGAGAGUAUACAGAAACUGCUGCUGUUGCAACAGCAACUCAGGGCUCAGCAGCAACUUCUCCAGUCGCAAACGUUCUUGCCGAGCGGAUUCAGCAACGCCGAUGAAGAGAAACGGUUGUCGCAAAGUGGAUUAGGACACUCGCAAACGGACUUAGCCCCGGAGGAUCUAGUGCCACCGUUGCCGGCCACGGAAGCGUUGCCUCCCGUGUUCCCGGCACAGAGCUUCCUUCCGGCUCAGCGGCCGCGAGCUCAUCCACCGGCGAAACACGACAACGCGAACGUUCCGCAGGAAUUCGCGAACCUGUCUGGUCAGGGUUUCCGGAACAACCAUGGCCUGCAACAAGAACAAAACGUCGGAGACGUGGAGGAGAUUCAAGAGAAUCAACGACCCGGCGGGAAACACUUGAAGGAGCCGAGUCAAGCGUCCCUGGCGGGACACGCGCAGAAUGGGCAGGACGAGGAGGAAGAGGUGCAACUGAUCUACGUUCCAGCGGAAACGUUGUCUCAACGAGGCCAGAAACGUGGUCGCGGAAGAAAGCAAUAUCCUGGCCGCCAGCAGCAGCAGGUGCACCAGCAGCACCACCAGCAGCAACAAUCGUAUCAUCAGCAGCACCCACAGCAAGGUGUAGAACCAAGUACAAUAGCAAACAACCAAGACGCGUUCAACCGUCAGAUCCUGCAACAGAUACAAAUGGAACGAGAAGAAAAAACGCAAUUCCUGAACGAGGAAAGGAUGAAGGAGAUCGCCAGGUUAAAUGAGGAACAAAGAGCAUUGGAUCGUAAAGCUCGGCUGCAACAGGAGGCACUUCAAAGAGAGCAAGAAUUACAGAGGCAACGAGAUGCAGAAAAGAAGAAGAAAGAACUAGAGAAGCUAGAGGAAAUGGCGAAACAACGGGAGCUGGAGAGGAUCCGCGAGGCCAGAGAGAAGCAACGGAUGGAGGAGCUGGAGCGAAGAAGAUUAGCCGAGAUACGUGCGAAAGAAGAAAAACGCAGAGCCGAAGAAGCGGCCAGGCAGAGAGAAGCUGAGAGACUGGCUGCCUUAGAAAGGCAGAAAGAGCUAGAGAUCCAGGAAGCACUGAAGCAACAACAACUACUAGAAAAGCAACGAGAGGAAGAGGCUAGAGCAGCCAGUCAAAGGUUAGCUGAGCAACAAGAAGCUCAAGCGUUGCCGCUGAUCAGGGACCAACAGGAAUACCAUCGUCAGCAUCUCCCCGAGACACCUAAACCUGCGAAAAGCAAGAUUCGAGGAAGACAUCGUCAACGAAAUCAGUACCAAGAGCAGCAAAAUUAUAACAGAGAAACCACUACUACCGCUCCAUCCCCUAAUCAGCCACCUUUAUCUGUCUACAUGGGGAACUCGAACUCGAGAACUAACAAUGCUAAAGUGUCUGACGUAUUGAAGUUGCUGAAGGACGCUAAGACGAUUGCUGUGUUGGACACCGUUGGCCCUGACACUCCGCAGGUGUUUGUGGGUCCUACCAACUUGGAUCCUCCAUCUGGUUAUGCUAAAUUUGAUCUUCCUUAUCUCUCAUCUAUUGAUCACAACCGAGUCGAGAGGAAAGUAGACAAGCUGCCUUUCUUCGUUGCACCCCUUAGUUUUGAUCCACCACCAGGAUACUCUAAAAUCCCUUUCCCAGCGCCGCACAUUGGAUCAGUAGUCGUGAACACUUUGGAUAACAGUCUGGACAACAGUAAAGACGGCGAUGACCGAAAUCCUAGCCCAACGCCGUUGAUUGAACCUAACUCAUACAGCGAUGGACUCGAUGGAAGCUCAGAUUUGACGACACUUUUGUACGAGCCUCAGACCACCGUCGGAUAUUCUCAGGAUGUUUCUAGUACCCCCAAGUACGAGCAGAGCUAUUCGACCACUCCGUCAUCCGGAUAUUCCGGGUCUAGAUUCAGAUUUAGACAGUACUAUGGCGACAACAAGCCGGCAUCAGUGAUCAGCACUGCUUACUAUGAGGAUCAGAGGCCUACUACCAGAAAACAGAAGUACUACGAUGAGAAUCCAAGGUCUACUGAAAGACCCAGAGUGGAAACUUCGAUAAGUCAGGUGGAAGAAGUUUCUUACUCAAGCACACCGAGUUUCAAGGACAGACCAGUUGGUCCUCAGGAUCCUACGACCAAGGAGCAAGAGCUUGCUGCUCAACUAGCGCUAAUUAAUCAGGAACUGGCUCAACAGAGAGAGGCCCAAAGAUAUAAUACUGGAGGACAGUAUGGGCAGGAUGGAUCCGUAACUGGUUUGAGUAACAAUUUCGAGAGUGACAUCCCUGUUGGUGAUGUCAAUGAUGUUAGAGGAGGACCUGUUGGUCCCACCCAAUAUAGUUUGCCAGCUGAACUGCCAGCGAUCUCUCCUCAUCUACCUGGAUUGGUGAACUCAUUGCUGGAUAAGAAUGAAGCUGAAUUGCAGUCUAGUACUACCACGACGACUCCUAGUCCCACUGUUAUCACUACCACUACACAACGCACUCCUACAACGACAUAUAGACCACGUGGACGUCCAAGGAGCAGAGUCUCUUCCACAAAGCCAAGGACAACCACUCAAGCCUCGUCCACGAGAGUGAGCACUGACAGAAACCGAAGACCGUAUAAUAGAUCCAGGUCGAGAUUCAGCACAACUACGGAGACGUAUCAAGAUUCUUACGAACCGACUAAAUCGAGAAUUCCAGAAACGACACUGAGAUAUAAUUCUGAGUAUAGGAGACCUAGUAGCAGGACGCAAAAGUACAGGAAUCGGGAAAAAACCAAUCAACAAUCUGAGAUUCUCGGUCAAAGCCAGAGUCCCCAAUCACAGCAAACCUACGACGUAACCAAUAGUGAUGCGGCUUCUCCAUCAACGGGGAACGGUUUCCUCCAAUCGACGGGUCCGGAAACGGUUCACCAUCAGCUGGACUCGUCCUCCGGCCUUAGCGACUUCACUCCGGAGAAUUACCCUUCGCCUGCAGUCAGCACUACCGAGAACUACCCAUCGCUGCGCGACGCUACAGCGAGCCACGGUUCUUCGUUGCUCUCCGAGGACUACUCUAGGACUCAGAACUACCCUCAAACGGUACCAGACCAAUCACAUUAUCGCGGUGGUUACGAGCAAGCCGGCGUCGAACACACUGGCCUUGAAAAGACACCAGUAAACGGAUUCAAUUAUCAGGCCCAAAAUAGCGAAACGCUGGACCAAGGCAUCCUUCAGAGACCUAAAGACUAUCAGCUGGACGGUAAAGCGGAAAAUAGCGACUAUGAGCUGGCCACCACGCCCGAUCCGCGAUACAAGAUGGAUGAGCAACGUUAUUCCUCGAUCUACGAUGUGAACGUACCCCAGACCCAACCAGAAUACAGUUUGACUGGACAGGAUAAUCUUCAUCGGUUGGAGAGCGAGAAGAUUCAGACAGGUGUCAUUGGUGGUGAUCCUAACCAGCAACCUAUAUUCGUGCCGCUGCCCGAGAACAAGCAGGAGGACUAUGCGCUGCCUGUUUCUUCUACAGAGCUGCCUCCUGAAAUCACAACAGAGAUCACAACAACCAGCACAACGCCCGUUGUAAUACGUCAACGAGUCAGAGGACGCGUUAGCACUCGCGUGCACCAUGAGCCGUCGGUUCAGACGCGGACCAGAGGUACCCAGGACGAAUAUGUUCGCUUCAAUGUCGUAAAUCAAGAUUCGGCUCGAACAUCCUCUGGUCGACAGAGGACUAGAUCCAGAUCGCGCAAUCAGAGCCACGGAUCUCAGGUACAGACAGAUGGAAACGAGUACAUCAAGAUCCACGCAGUCCAGCAGCACAAGCAAGUCGCUACGACGACAACGACAACGUCGACGACCACUACAACUGAAGCUCCACCGGAAGAGGACCUCGACUACGGAUUUAUAAGACCACCGAAUUUCCGACCGGUACAUCCGGUGGAUAAUAGGUUCCAGGCACCUGUUACCUUCCGGCCUCAGCUUUCGGAGGUGCCGCAACAGUCUCUGCUACCGAGCGACGAAACCGCGGUGGAGUCGAGUCCACCGCAGACACAAUUGCUGAAAACGCGACAGAAGUAUCAGCCAACGCCGAAUCGCCGUUUGCCGGGGAAACCGACAACGUUACCAGCGACUACGACACCGGUCACAGAAGUUGCCACCACGACGGAAAGAAUACCUGUUGCCACCGUGUUGCCGGAUGACGCGAUAUACACGACGAGACCAAAAUCUCGCACCGAUGACGUGAAGCAAACACGGAUUAGGGGUCGCGUCCGACGACCCGGAAAGAAACGGGUCUCCACCACUACCACCACCGAAUCCGUGCUAGAAUCGCACAACGAACUGCCACUAGACGAGAAUUAUCCGCGAGUUCGCCCGCAGCCAACGACCACCGAACAACAGGCGAAUCUUUAUGAAGAUAGUUUUGAUGGCACCUCGCAAUUCGCGCAGAAUCAUAAUCCUACAGCGCAACAAUAUUACGAGACGUCCAGCGAGAAUUAUCCCUCAGAGUUCAUCCUGAACUUCGGCAAUUAUCCCCAACCAGCUGUGCAAAGAGAGGAAUAUGAUCAGACGCAGCUAGCCAGCAGUUCUCCGAGAAAGUACAGCGAAAGCUUGCCUGGCAAGCACAUAUCUGAAGACUCGAGCCCGACGACGGUCGACAUUUACGGGGCGGAGAGCCAGUGGUCCACGAAAUUGACGAGGACCUCCUUCCAGCCGAGCUUCGCGGUGAACCAGCUGACUGGAGAAAAGCCGAAGGACGCGGAUCGCGAAUGGGCGAGCGGAUCUUCGAAGGACGCGCCAGACAUAAUUACUGCUGCGCCGGAAAUUUCAUCCGUUACUCUGCUUGUUUCAUCGGAUGAUAAAACGGUGGACGUGGUAGCCGCUGAGGAGUCGUUGCUGAUGGGCACCACGGUGUUCGGCAAGAAGACCAAUAUACCGGAUCAUACUGAAAAAAUCAAUACAAAUGCGGGUGUCACUGGAGCACCUACGACGGCGACAACGCGAGAGAAGAAUGGAAGUGAUAUUGAGGCGAACAAUGAUGGGGAAUCCUGGUUGAUGGAUAAGGUGGAAGGUUCUGUAGAGCAACAGACCGCUAUUGAUUUUGAGAAGACGCGGAAAAAGAAUUCUGACGCUCCUGUUGGCAGGAAGGGCACUCGAAGGAGAAGGGUCCGCGUCCGAGUAAGACCAGCGGUCGAUGACUUCGUCACCGCAGAAUCACAGCACUACAACUCCGCCCUGAAUGGUUUGUUCCGCGAGCAAUAUAAAUACAAUCCCAUCCGGGAAUCGAAGCUGCCAACCCCGCAGCCGAUCUUAUCCGAAAAAUCAGUAUUCCAAGGCUUUCUAACCGACAUUCUAAAGAACGACGAACCAACAGUGAAAUCAACGACCACCGAAAUACCGGAAAUGGCUUGGACGAUGUCUCCUGCGAUAACAACCAUGCUAAUCCCCGACGACGCCGAAGAAACCACCGAGAAUCAAAUGACCACAGUGCCUCCAACCACGGAAAAACCGGAAGAAACGACAACCGCUAAGCCUGACGAAGACAAUCAUCCACAAUUAACGAACUCUGACGGAAAGACAAAGGACUCGGAGAAGAAUUCAUGGUCGGCGAACGGGAGUAAUGACGAGAAAAAAAAGAUAAAAGAUCAGUGGGACUCUGACAAGAACGACAACUGGAACGGGCGUACCGCAUUGGAUCUCAACUUCCUCGCUGACAAAUAUACUGCCAAAGAGAACGAUGUGAGCAAACCAAACGACGACUGGGAAACGAGUCGCAGUGACGAGGAAUCGGUUAAGACUCAAUUAAAACUGACGCACGAGGAAACAGAAUUAUUAAGCAAAGAAAACUUAGCAGUGAAAGACGAUCAACGAUCAAAGGACGAAGUUUACGCUCAUCCUAAAAAUCACAGGACCAAAUGGAGCGAAGUAAGGUUCCCUUCUACCUUCGACCAACCCCAAAUCUGGAACCAAGACCCGAAACCCACCCCUAGAUCCACUACAGCCAUCCCAGGACUAGUAAGCAAGGACGAUGGCGACGACAGCGUGAAGACUCUAUCAGACUACGUAAAAGCUAUCUUCGACACCAUGAAGAACGCUGAAGAAGACACUACUGUAACCAAUACCGAAAAAUCAGAGGAAGUUAUUACUACCUUGCAAACACCUUUGGCAGCUGAAUCAGAGUCUUUAGAGGAUGAGAAGACGACUACGAAAGAUCCUGAUAUUGCAACAACCGUGGAGACUAAUUUUGAUGUUGAAGACGCAAAGACAGUGAGGGAUAUAGAAGCUAGCAGGGAGACAACUACGGAGGCGUAUAUUGAUCCGGAGAACGCGACGACCUUGGAACGAGCUGCCACGACCUCGGAGACCGUGACGACGGGGUCGCCGACCGAGCCGCCGGCCACGGACCUGCCAACGACCACGCCGACAUCCACCACCGUUGCAGCUGUUAACUCGACUGAAUCGAUGCUCGGCAGGGUCCUGCGAACCUCGACCACAACUAGGGUGUCCCAUAUGACGGAGAUCUGCUACAGAGGCCGCUGCGUGAUGACCAGGCCCAGCCAGGACGAUCGGUUCAGAUGA